AUGGCAAGCUAUCAGGUGCACUUGCGACCUAUCGUCGACUGGGACGCAAAACCCUUGCCACCGCUCCCACUCGAUCUGGGACGCUCUCACAGACCAUACAAACCAGCAACCAACAAUGACUCGAAACGAUCACAGGUGGAAGCGCAUAGAAGAGGCAAUGUGUUUCCUCCAGAGCUUGAUCUCAAGAAGUUUCAGGGCGUCGAUUCUCGAGUGGUGGAAGACAAGCCUAGGCGAACACGACCGAAUCACCAUCCAUCACCCUCGAUGGCGAGCUCACAAGAGAGCCAUUUGCAGAUGAGGAAUGAGUGGGACGCAGUACUUGACAAAUUCCAACACCCGCGCCAGAGAUCUGACGAGCCGAAAAGCCGGUCUGCUCGCAGGGAACCAUCUCCGGCUAUCACGACGGUAGAGGACCUGAGCCUGCCGCGGAAGGUUAGACAGAUCAUUGGCGUGGAAAUCCCUCGCAAUGCAAAGAAAGCGCAGUGGAAUUCCAAUUUGACGCAGGCUACUCCAAGUGCAAUGGCCACGGCACGCCCAAUUUCGACAACAAGUGCGUACAGCCAGGCUAGUGGGCACAGGCAGGAGAUGUUGUUCCAUAUGGAGGAUAUCGUGGAGGAACUCGAAAAGGUCGAGGACGAAGAAGAAAUCCACAGGCGUUUGGAAAGCUUGGUUCAGUCUCCUGGCUUUGCGGCGAUACGCUGCUUCCCCGACAAGCCGACACUAAAAUCGCGCUUCUCACUCGACGCUGCGCAUUCACGGCAAGAUGAGCCGCGACAGCGAACAUCUAUGGACUACCCCGAACAUCCACCGCAAGAUAGGAGCAGUCGGGAAAUGUAUCACGACUUGGUGAUAGAACUGGCGCAGAGCGCACCUACCGCUCUACCGCCACCGCCGAAGCCUCCAGUUGAGCUGGAUGACCGCCAUUCUGGGCCAUCGUUUUCGCACCAUCGCCGACACAAUUCUUCACCGUCGAACGAGACUGGCCAACCGCGCCACGAAGAUGGACAUACAUCCGGCCCGCGGCUGGGCCGGCGAACUCCAAAAUCAACACCCGGCCACAUCAGCGUCUUCGAUCACGAUUCUUCCGACUCGGAACCAGACUCGGACUCAAAGCCUCUCUGGUCGCCCAAACUUUCGUUCUUAGGCCGCCGGCGCCGGUGA